AUGAGCAAUUUCAUACCUGAGACGAAGACUUUCGGCAAAUUUGACCCGCUCUUUACCAAUAAGUACGAUAAGGUGGGCCCAGAAUUCGGAGAAAUUCAAUAAUGUAUGAGUGCUCAUAGAUAUUUAUAGUGAAGAGUGAUUUCUUGGCUGCCAAUGUUGGAAAGCUUGAAGUACAACCAGAGAUUCCUCAAAAUAUUGAGGGAUUGGUAUUGAGGACGGCCAGGACAUGUAAGAGUGUUGAUUGAUAUGCAAAGAGAGAACUCCAGCAACAAUGGCUUGGUUUAGAAGGACUACCUCAUUUGAGAGAAAUGGAAUAUUCAAUAUUCACACUCCAGUCAUGAAUACUAGAAUAUUGCCAUGGGUUUUCUUCAUUUUCAUUGCUUAUGGUUGGUAAGGAUACUAGAUUUCCUCUUGGAAUUCUGUAGUCAAGAAGGAUUCAAAUGAGCCGUAAGAAAUGUGAAUUAUCGAAUAGUCGUAACACUCCAUAUGAUAAAUUAUCGUUGAGAGAAUUACCACCUGCUAAGAAUUGGGCUAGACCAGGAUGAGUAGAUUGCACGAAUAAUAUAUAUAUAAAAUAAAUCAAAACAUUAAUUUCCCG